AAUAUACCGGCAAUUGUAGACCACCAGUGCUCGCAGAAACUCAUAACGUGCAAGUGAUCUAGUUGUCUUCUUGAUUUGAUUUAAAAAUAUAUUUUGAUUUGAUUUGAUUUCAAGAAUGCCCAUCAAGAUAUCUUACAAUGGCGAAACAGAAAAGUUUUGUACGACAACAUGGGUGAACCGCUGCAGCGAGGACCUGGAAUGCCUAGACCUGGAGGAGGAGCAGCCGCUCGCCCAGCUCAGCUCGGUGCAGACGGACAAGCUGACGCUGUUCUUCGCGGAGCUACUGGAUCACGACCGCGAUGACGUCAUUUGUGAGGAGGACUUCGACCAGUUCUUCGAGAGGCUGUCCCACUUCGCGGAUUGGUCGCCCAACUCGUCCGAGUUCCACAUCCUCCUCGAGGUCAAGCAGGAGUUCAUAGAGUACUUCAUAAAUCCGCUGCCCGCCAAGUGGGCGGAAUUACCCUACUACCGGCGCGUGUGUGGCCCCGAAGCGAGCGGGAUCAACAUCCCUGGGAGAACGACGCUUGAGGGCUGGCUGGCAAGAUGGGCGCUAUACCUGAGCGAAGCCAAACGCUUCACAGACCUGCCUUUGUACCUGCAGUAUCUUUGCAAGAUUUUAUUUCACGUUGUUGACAGAGAUGGCACGGGCGCGAUAACGAAGCCGGCGCUCGCUGCGUUCUACCGCUCCGUGAUCGGGCUCAGCGGACCGAGGGUUGAUGAGAUCAUCGACACGGCUUACGACCGCAUGACUAGUGUGAGUAUGCAUUGUUAUUAUUCAAAUUCAAAUAUUUUAUUCAGUACAUAGGCUCUUUCUAGGGCA